AUGGGUCUCGUCGACGCUCCCAACAAGGUUCCUCAGAACCAGCGCUUCUACCAGCAGGCCUACAAGGCUCACACCCGCCUUUGGCAGAUUGGCAGCCGUAGCCGCUGGAUGAUGACCCCCUACACUAUCCUCCUCUGGGGCUCCCUUGGCGCUACUCUGUGGUGCAGCGGACGCAAGAUCAUGGGCUACAACACCUGGUUCACCAAGGAUUAA